GGGUAGUACUCAAGGUCAGAGGCAGCAAAUCCUCCUCUAAAAAUAGACUCCAGUGGCAAAGUUGGUAAGAUUUCUUUUGUCGUUCUGCCACACUUAACGGGACCCAGCUACCCAGAGCACCCACCUAAGGUUACAGUGCAAACACUGCUCUCCAGAGAGCAUGUGCAUUGGCUUCUGCAAGGAGAACUUUCCAGUUUAUAAACCAGCCCUCUGCUUAGUCAUACUCAAAAAGAUUUCUUGCACGACCGAAAGCACUACUCCAUGGACAAGAUGUCAUCAGAAGGUUUGAAUGCUGGGAAGAAAAACGCAUACAAAGCAAUGAAAGUAGAGCCUGAUGAGGAUUACUCCACCCCAGGUGCAUUUGAAUUGGAGCGACUCUUCUGGAAAGGAUGCCCACAGUACACUCAUGUCAACGAAGUCUGGCCCAAUCUCUACAUUGGAGAUGAGAAAACUGCACUAGAUCGCUACAGCCUUCAGAAGGCAGGCUUCACCCAUAUCCUCAAUGCGGCCCAUGGUCAGCGAAACGUGGACACAGGACCAGAAUAUUAUCACGACAUGGCUGUGGAGUACCAUGGAGUGGAAGCAGAUGAUCUCCCCGCUUUCAAGCUCAGCCAGUUCUUUUAUUCAGCUUCUAAAUUCAUUGAUAAUGCGCUUCAGGAUGAAAGAAACAAGGUUCUGGUUCACUGUGCUAUGGGUCGCAGCCGGUCAGCUACACUGGUAUUGGCUUACCUGAUGAUUUACAAGAACAUGACAGUAGUGGAUGCCAUUGAGCAAGUGUCAAGACACCGAUGCAUUCUGCCAAACCGGGGUUUCUUGAAGCAGCUGAGAGAACUGGACAUAGCGCUGACACUGCAGAGGAGGAACACCAAAACCAGCCUACCAUCUGAUGAUGAUGAGAACAGCACCACGAUCUAGUAUUGCUGCUGGCAGGGUUGUGCUGGAAAAGAAACUCCAUAAAAAUUAACUGUAGUUAAUUACAGUCACAAGAACCAUUUGCUAUUUGGAAGGAAAACCAAAGUAAUUUCAAAUACUGUCAGGAUAAGAAAGAAGGGAAGCCAAAUUUUAAACCUAUUUUUUUAGAAUGUUUACGCCUUAGAAGAAUUCUUUUGUUACACCAACAAAUAAAUUUUACCCUCUGUAAAAAGGUUUUCGCAGCACAAAAGCAGCACAACUUCAAAAAUACUCUCUUCUAGCUGAGUACUCCCCAAAUCCUAGUCCUAACUUAAGCACAUGGUCUUUAAAAGCAUGGAGCAAGUCACGUCUGAAGAAAUUUUGCAGGAAAUACACCGACAUGGUAGCACCAAAAAAUGAAUUAUUUAGUCCCAAAGUCCUGCGAAGUAUUUCACACGAGUCUGCUUUUUUGUGCUGUUUCCUGGCAUCUCCAUUUCUUUUUUUCACAGUAAUAAUCUCGGGCAGCACAGCAUUUAAAAGAGCCUCCAGAUGAGGAUCAACUACUUGGACUUCACAACAGACUUUGCAGCAGACCAUGCAAACCAGAAGCAAAGCAAGAUCCUUUAAAAGGUCAGAUGCAUAAGCAGCUACAACAGACAAUUCAAGGAGAUAUGUACAUGACAUUUCAGCAGUUUCAGUUUUAACUUGGUUCUCCUAAAUGCUUGAACUGCCUGAAUUUUAAAGGUCCUACACAUACAGUAUCCAACCGAAUUUACAAGAC